CUUUACUUUGCUGUUCGACCAAAGCUUAGCAUAGGAAAUGCACUGAGAGUUGAGAGUUGUGUUUAAAGAAUGGGAAAUGCACUGAGAUUCCUAUACGGUUAUUGCUGCAAACCCACAACCGCAGAUGAUGGAGGUCAUCACUCCCUCCCGCCCCAUGGUGUUUGGGCAGCCACCGACGGCCUCUCCGCCCUUACCAGUGAUCUAUUCCACUUUGAUAUUACCUCUCAGGUCUAUCUUUCUAUAUAAUAUGGUCCCAGAAGGACUCAGUAAGCAUGUUCAUUCAUCCAAGACUGCCCAAGCUAAAUGGUAUAGAAGACUCCUGGAGGCAUGGAGAGGAGCCAAACCACCUCCAAAAACAGCUAAAGAAGCAGCUCUGCUCAUAAUCAAAACCCUGAACAAAGUCCAGAAGUCAGAUAUAGUGGGGCUAUUGAGAUUCUAUGGUCUCUCAAUUCCUGAUGACACAGUUGUGGAAUUUUCUGCUGAGCUCCCAACUACAUUGCCUGAAGAUGUGCAAUUUACAAUGCAAACAUUACCAGUUGAUCCAAGAGCAGUUCAAGAUGGGGAUUCAGUAACUGUAUAUGUCAGCACUGAAGAUCCCCGUGAAUCGGUGAGCAUUCCCCCUCAAGUGAACUUUUUUGCAGGAAAACGAUUGAAAGCACGUAUCAAUAGAGACAAUGGAAAAGCAAAGGAACUCCAUGAUAAAAUUAUUAAUUCUGGUUACAGGGUACUGAAGAUAGAUGACAAGGAGAUUCUUGCUCGAAAGUAUCGAAUUAGGCUAAGGGGAAUAGAUGCACCAGAACAUAAAAUGCCAUAUGGAGAUGAAGCCAAAGAUGAGCUGACUAAACUUGUACAAGGAAAAUGCCUAAGUAUUCUUGUGUAUGAAGAAGAUCAAUACGGCCGUACUGUUGGUGACAUAUACUGCAAUGGCAUUUUUGUACAAGAAGUAAUGCUCAAGAAAGGUUGUGCAUGGCACUAUGUAACUUAUGAUAAACGCCCCCAACUGGCCAGGUGGGAAAAAGAGGCUCGGGCCAAGAAAGUGGGAUUGUGAGCUUCAUCAAAUCCAGAGAAGCCGUGGAUAUGGAGAAGGAACAAUCCGAGAACAGAUGUAUAAAACUGCUUCUGGCAAUGAGAUCCAUAUAUCAAACUAGUUUAACCCAUCGAACAUUGAUCUAAGAGUUGUGUUUAUAGUGUUGGGGCAAGUGUAUAUAUUAUAAUUCAUCUUGGAGACUACUUUUAUUUACGCGUAAAUAUAAUCAAAGCUUUUUAGACC